AUGGAGCAAAUGAAAUUGCAAGGGACCCUUGAGGGCCACAAUGGAUGGGUUACCCAAAUUGCAACCACUACUCGUGAUGAUAGAACAACUGUUAUCUCGUCUUCUCGAGACAAGACCAUCAUCGUCUGGGAUGUCGACAACUCGACUGUGAACGAGACUGGACAAGUCGGACGCCCAUUGAAAUCGCUCCACGGACAUGGACAUUUCGUUUCCGAUGUCGUCAUCUCAUCCGAUGGACAGUUCGCCCUCUCCGGCUCGUGGGACAAGAGCUUGCGUCUUUGGGACUUGAACACUGGCGCCUCGACUCGUCGUUUCGCUUCGCACGAGAAAGAUGUUUUAUCCGUCGCUUUCUCCGCUGAUAACCGCCAAAUCGUUUCUGGAUCGCGCGAUCGUACCAUCAAGCUCUGGAACACUCUUGCUCAAUGCAAGUUCACCAUUCAGGAGGAUUGCCACACUGACUGGGUGUCCAACGUCCGCUUCUCUCCAAACGUCCGUGACCCAGUGAUCGUUUCAGCUGGCUGGGACAAAGUGGUGAAAGUGUGGAACCUCGGAAAUUGCCGUCUGAAGACCAACCACAUCGGGCACACCGGCUACAUCAACACAGUGACCGUUUCGCCUGAUGGCUCACUCUGCGCGUCGGGUGGUCGCGACGGAAAUGCGAUGCUCUGGGACUUGAACGAGGGAAAACAUUUGUACACCCUCAACGGAAGUGGAACGAUCAACGCAUUGGCCUUCUCGCCAAACCGAUACUGGCUCUGUGCCGCUGUUGGACCGGUGGUCAAGAUCUGGGAUUUGGAAGACAAGCGCGCAAUUGAAGAGCUCAAGCCUGAGGUUUCUGGAUCGCGUGGAUCGGCUGCUCCACAAUCAAGAAAUGAGAUGAUUAGUUUCUCGAUUCGUUUCGCCGGAGCUGCAUUGCUUUCAUGGUUGACCGCUCGUUACAUGAUUCGUUAUUUAGAUCCAAAUUACGAAAGCAAAGAAGAAAACAAGAAACGAGUGGCCAAAUUGUUUCACGAAUUGGGAAUCGAGGAAGUGAUCGAGUUGAACGAACACGAGUUAAAGAUCGCCACACAGUUCGUUUCUUCGCAAGAAUCCGGAGCCGAUUGGGACGAGAUUGGAGGAUACGAAGAUCUGAUCACUGAAUUGAAAGAUCGAGUGAUUCUUCCAUUGAAGAUCGCCUCAGAGACAAGGAGCUCUCUUUUGUCACCACCAAAAGGUGUUCUCCUUUACGGACCACCAGGCUGUGGAAAGACUUUACUAGCAAAAGCAGUGGCAAAAUCUUCUGGCUGCAGAUUCAUCAACUUGCAAGUGUCAAAUCUGACCGACAAAUGGUAUGGAGAAUCUCAAAAAUUGGCAGCCGCUGUGUUCUCUGUUGCGCAAAAGUUUCAACCAUGUAUCAUAUUUAUCGAUGAAAUCGAUUCAUUUCUCCGCGAUCGACAAGCACACGAUCAUGAAGCAACUGCGAUGAUGAAAGCGCAAUUUAUGCAACUGUGGGACGGCUUUGCGACCUCAACGGAUCAGAUUAUUGUCAUGGGAGCCACCAAUCGACCCGGUGAUGUCGAUGCGGCUAUACUUCGAAGAAUGAGCGCAAAAUUCUUUGUUUCAUUACCGGAUUUGAAACAACGAGAAGGGAUUCUGCAAGUGAUUUUGCGAGAAGAAGUUGUUAAUGAUGACGCCGAUUUAUCAGCAAUCGCAGCUGCAGCCGAGAAUCUGUCGGGAUCCGAUUUGAAAGAGGUUUGUCGAUUGGCCGUUUUGAAUCGAGCAAAGGAGACUCUAUCAGCGGGAAAUGAGUUGGACAAUCAAGGUCCAUUAACGUCAAAUCACCUGGUGACAGCCCUUCGAAAGUACUGUAUUUCUCACAAAGUGAUGAUCGGAGAUCAUUCAUUAGAC